AUGAGGGCCUGGAGCCUCCUCCUCCUGGUGGCCCUCCUGGCUUUGGAGAGCCAGCUGCCUGCUGCCUCUGGCAGGAGGAAGAAAGAGAAGAACGGGGGGUGUCCACCGGACGAUGGGCCCUGUCUCCUACCGGUGCCUGACCAAUGCGUAGAUGACAGCCAGUGCCCCACAAGGAUGAAGUGCUGCCGCAGAAGCUGCUUCCGCCAGUGUGUCCGUAAGGUCGCAGUGAAGCAGGGCACCUGCCCUGAGGACCGACUGCACUGCCUCAGCCCAAUUCAGCACCUGUGCCACCAGGACUCGGACUGCCAGGGCCCAAGCCGAUGCUGCCUCAGCGCCUGUGGCCGGGACUGCCGGAACCCUGUCAGAGGUGUGGCUCCUACUAAUUCUGGUUGA